GAUGAAGAUGAGGAGCACGACGACAGACUCGAUGAUGACGACGAGGCCGACGACGAAUUUGACGAUGUUGAGGACGAUGAGGAAGAUGAAGGCGAUGAGGUAGAGGAACUCGACUCACAGCAGCAUUUGCACUGA